AUGGCGCUGCGGGGCGGCGGGCGCUGGGCUGUGCGGGCCGCGGCCCUGCAUGGCGGCGGGCGGCGGCACGGAGGGCGGGUAGCAGACACGGCGCAGCACGGCGCCUUGCGGGAGGCCCUCAGGAAGAUCAUUGACAAGGAGAUUAACCCCUUUGUGGACAAAUGGGAAGAAGAAGGACAGUUCCCAGCACAUAAAGUUUUUAAAACCCUGGGACAAGCUGGAUUCCUUGGUGUGGAUAAGCCUACAGAAUAUGGUGGAAUGGGCUUGGACUUCUCCUAUAGCAUUGCAGUGGCAGAGGAGCUGGGAAGUAUCCGUUGUGGAGGUAUCCCUAUGGCUAUUGGGGUGCAAGCUGGCAUGGCCACUCCUGCGCUAACAAGAUUUGGUUCCGAUGAGUUGAAAAAACAGUUCCUCACACCAACUAUAUCUGGAGAUAUCGUGGCUUGUUUGGGAAUCAGUGAAGCUGGAGCUGGAUCAGAUGUUGCAAGCAUCAAGACAACAGCUGUGAGAAAAGGUGAUGAAUACAUCAUAAAUGGUGGUAAGAUGUGGACUACAUCUGGGUGCCAAGCGGACUGGAUGUGCCUGCUGGCGAAUACAAGUGAAGGGCAUCCCCACCGAAAUAAAUCCCUCAUAUGUCUGCCAAUGAAUCUACCUGGCAUUCACAUUACUAAGAAGAUAGACAAACUGGGCAUGAGGUCAUCAGACACAGCUCAGAUCUUUUUUGAAGACGUAAGAGUCCCCAGCAAAAACCUAAUAGGUGAGGAAGGAAUGGGUUUCACAUAUCAGAUGUUGCAAUUCCAAGAAGAGCGGCUGUGGGGAGUAGCCGCUGUCUUGACACCACUGGAAACUAUAAUACAAGAAACCAUUGACUACACUCGCCAGCGGAAAGUGUUUGACCAGUCCGUGCUGCAGAACCAGGUCGUACAUUUCCGCCUGGCAGAGCUGGCAACCGAAGUGGAGCUGCUUCGCUCGCUGCUGUAUCGCACCGUUGCCCUCUACGUGGAAGGCAAUGAUGUGACCAAAUUUGCUUCCAUGGCUAAGCUAAAGGCAGGUCGCCUGGCCCGUGAAGUGACUGACAGCUGUCUCCAGUUUUGGGGAGGAAUGGGAUUCACCAGUGAGGUUCUGGUGAGCAGAUUUUACAGGGACUUGAGGCUGGUGUCAAUAGGUGGUGGUACAGAUGAAACCAUGCUUUCUAUUAUAUGCAAAUACAUGGAAACACUUCCAAGGAAGUAACAGGUCCGCACUCUUCCUCAGAAACAUAAGAAAGCAAGAGCGUGGUUAUUACUGCAUCCUGAAGGUAACAGGCAACGUGAUUCAAGUGUGGAAGGAGGAACAGUAUUUAUAAUAGUAAUUUUUCCAGGAAAAUACUUAUCAAAGUGUUUGACCAAUAUCACAAUACAUGUUCUCUAAUGUCAAAUUAAUGUCAAUGCCUGCAAGAUUUUCUCCAGUUUUAGUGAUUUACAACUUUGAGGGCUCUAAUGAUCCAUGCUAAAGAAAUCUUGUCUUCUUCAAUCAAGGUAUAAAUGCAUCUUAGAUCAUCUAAGCAACCAAAUGAGAAACACAACUUCCACAUGGGUCCAAUAGAAUUUCAGCAGUAGCAGUUCCACGUAACUUUGCUUUCAAGUCAUAAAUUGUUUAUUCAGUGUAAUACUGAAGUACUGGAACAGUGGUUUUGUCCUCAGUUACCGCUAUCUUCCAAGUCUCUCAGUUUUUGCAAGUAAACAGCAAAACGAGUUCCUUCAGCACAAACCAAGUCAAUAACCACAAGCCCCCCAGUCCAGUCACCAUCAUGACCUUCUCACUCUUGUACUACACUCUGACACACAUUGUUUAGUGGCAGGACCAGAGGCAGAUGAUUUUUACUUUCAGAACUCUGCAAACAGUACUUUAUCUGUACUGGAAAUUUUUGGAGACCUGAAUUUCAGCUGUAAGGUUUCACAUUUUGUGUGUAAUUAUGAAUGAAAAAUAUGAAAGCGCUAACAUGAGAAUUGUGAUCAGUUUAAAUGAGACCCUACAAUUUGCAUGCCACGAUCGAGUUGAAGCAGAAGUGCAAUAAAUAUUACACUAUUAAAAUAAAUAAAGCUAUACAUUUUCAGUA